GUCGUCCAAGUGAAAGUGAAUGAAUGCCGGAGGCUUAAUUAGAGAGGAGGCGCGCGGCUGCGCCAGUCUGUCCCCUGCUCCCGCGCCGCCCGCCCGCGCCACGCCCGCGCUCCGCUCCGCUCGCUACCACUGACACACACACAGAUACAGAGAUUAUGGCCCGCUCCAGCUGCGUGGCGCUGGCCCUGCUGGCCGCGCUGGUCGCCGUGCACGCGCAGCGCCGCCUCGCGCUGCCCGACCCAAGGAGCUGCUCCAACAGGGUCCGCCACUCGACGUACCGCGACGCGCGCGGGGUUCUGCACUCCUACUUCUUCAGCUGGGAGCACGCGCCGACGCGCAGUCUCGAGGUGGACUGGCUGGACGCGAGGAACAUCUGCCGCCGACACUGCAUGGACGCCGUGUCGCUGGAGACCCCACAGGAGAACGAGUUUAUAAAGCAGCGGAUCGCUCGCGGUAACGUCCGCUACAUCUGGACGUCGGGUCGCAAGUGCAACUUCGCGGGUUGCGACCGUCCCGACCUGCAGCCCCCCAACGUGAACGGCUGGUUCUGGUCCGGCUCGGGCGCCAAGAUUGGACCCACCACGCAGAGGAACACCGGCGACUGGUCCUACACCGGCGGGUUCGGACAGCCGCAGCCUGACAACCGCGAGGCCGCUCAGGGCAACGACGAGUCGUGCCUGUCGAUCCUGAACAACUUCUACAACGACGGCAUCAAGUGGCACGACGUGGCGUGUCACCACGUGAAGCCCUUCGUCUGCGAGGACUCCGACGAGCUGCUCAACUUCGUGCGCUCGCGCAACCCCGCGCUGCGCCUAUAGGCCCCGUGACGUCACCACGUGCUGUCUCUGUCUCCCACACGCGAGCACUCCUUCCAUCAUCAACCACUCCAUGUCGACGCCAUCGGAACAUUGUUGGGGUCAAAAGUCGGCAUUGUACAAACCCAAGUGACUCACUAUUUAAGUUAUUUAUUUUAACAAACUAUCAUUCACUCUCUGGGUAUUAUUAGCAAGUAAAUAACUUUCCUUCCCCACGGACAUUACGAUUUAAUUUAUGGCGGUAAAUAGCUAGAAAGUUUUGUGAAUUAAAAACCGAUAACUUUAUUUACUGCCGCAACGCGAAGGUCAGUCAGAUCGUCCACUGUGUACCUAUCACUUAGUUAAGUAUUUGUAAAAAGUCUUCCGAUUUAUGCACAAAUUAGAUUUAAGAUAUAGAUUUUUUAGAAUAAAUUAUAUUUAAAAGU